AUGGCUCCAACUUUCCAAAAAACACUGCUUUUCACCAUCAUUGGCUUGAGUUUUGCAGCACCAAAUGCAAGACAAGUUCGAUGGUGUGUUAUAUCAGAUCUUGAGCAGAAGAAGUGCAAUGAUCUAGUGGGAUCCUGCAAUGUCCCUGACAUUACUCUUGUUUGUGUGCAUAAAUCCUCCACUGAGGACUGUAUGACAGCUAUAAAGGAUGGACAAGCAGAUGCCAUGUUCUUAGAUAGUGGAGAUGUUUACAAAGCUUCAAUGGAUCUUUAUAAUCUGAAGCCAAUUAUUGCAGAACCGCACAGUUCCCAGAGAGACUUGCCAAAAUGCUUGAAGGAACGUCAGGAAGCUCUGGGAGAAGACGAGAAAGUGAUAGGUCGUUUUGUUCCUGAUUGUGAUGAAAAGGGCGAUUACCAACCACAGCAGUGCCAUGGCAGCACCGGGUACUGCUGGUGUGUUAAUGCAAUUGGAGAAGAGAUUGCUGGAACAAAAACUCCACCUGGACAAACACCGGCUACAUGUGAAAAACAUGAUUGGGAUACGCGUCAUUACGCAGUUGCUGUGGUGAAAAAGUCCAGCUCAUUCCAGUUUAUUCAGCUGAAAGGAAAGAGGUCCUGUCACUCAUGUGUAUCAAAGGCGGCUGGCUGGAAAGCUCCUGUAAAUGUUCUUGUAGAAAAGAAGUUUUUGUCCUGGGAUGACUCUGCAAAAGAAUCCAUUGAACAAGCUGUGUCAAAGUUCUUCUCAGCCAGUUGCAUUCCAGGAGCAACUGAAACCAACCUUUGCGAGCAAUGUAUGGGAGAGGAAGGAAGAAGAAGUGUAAGAGCAGCCAUGAUGAGCCAUACUAUGGCAACCAUGGAGCAUUCAGAUGUUUGAAAGAUGACAAAGGAGAUGUAGCUUUUCUGACAUGUGCAGCUUUGUCAGAUGAACAUUCAGAGGUGUAUGAGCUUCUGUGUCCAGACAAUACUAGGAAGCCCAUUAACAAGUGCAAGGAGUGUAACUUAGGUAAAGUUCCAGCAGGUGCAGUGGUGACCAGACAAAUCGGUGACAAGACUGAGGACAUCAAUAACUUUCUUAUGGAGGCUCAGAAAAUGCAAUGCCAAUUGUUCAGUUCUGCACAUGGGAAAGAUUUGAUGUUUGAAGAUUCCACCAAACAAUUAGCUCUUCUCUCAUCUGAGGUGGAUGUGUUCCUCUUUCUCGGAGUAAAAUUCUUUAAUUCCAUGAAAGCACUGACUGAAGAUGCAAAUCUUCUACCCAAGAACAAAGUGCGCUGGUGUACAAUAAAUAAACCGGAAAGGAUGAAGUGUGAUGAUUGGGCAGCUGUAAGCGGUGGGGCCAUUGCAUGCACAGAGGCAUCCUCUCCAAAGGAUUGUGUUAAACAGAUUCUGAAAGGUGAAGCUGAUGCAGUGAAACUUGAGCCACAAUACAUGUAUGAGGCUUUGAUCUGCGGACUGCUGCCAGCAGUAGAAGAAUACCACAAUAAAGAUGAUUUUGGUCCUUGUAAAACCCCUGGAACACAAAUAAAAGAUUUUGGGACAACGCGUGCUGUAGCCUUGGUAAAAAAAAGCAACAAAGACAUCAACUGGAACAACCUUAAGGGCAUGAAGGCCUGCCAUACUGCUGUUGGUGAUAUUACUGGAUGGGUUGUCCCAGUUGGUCUUAUUAGGAGGCAGAACGACAACUGUGACAUUGAUUCCUUCUUCGGUGAAAGCUGUGCUCCUGGAUCAGAUACUAAAUCCAACCUCUGUAAACUGUGCAUUGGUGACCCCAAGAACCCCAAAGCCAAUACAAGAUGUUCUCCCAGCGAUAUGGAGGCUUAUUAUGGAGACGAAGGUGCCUUUAGAUGUCUAGUGGAAAAAGGAGAGAUGUGGCAUUUGUGCCUCACACUGUUGUAUUUGAAAACACAGAUGGUAAAAAUCCAGCAGAGUGGGCUAAAAAUUUGAAAUCAGAAGAUUUUGAACUAUUAUGUUUGGAUGGCACACGUGCCCCUGUCAGUGAGCACAAGGGUUGCAAACUUGCAGGCAUCCCACCUCGUGCCAUUGUCACUCGGGAGAAGAGCAUCAGUGAUGUUGUAAGAAUUGUUACUAAUCAACAGUCACUGUUUGGACGGAAAGGAUUUGAGAAAGAUAUGUUCCAGAUGUUUUCUUCAAAUAAAGGCCAGAACCUCCUCUUCAAUGAUGGCACUCAAUGCUUGAUUAAAUUUGAUUUUCAACCAAAAGACAUUAUGGAGGAUUACUUUGGGAAAUCCUAUUACACUGCAGUGUAUGGAGCAAGCAGAUUUGCCAUAUCAUCAG